AUGUCAGGCCGCAACACUCGCAUGGCACAGUGGCUGGACUACAGGGUCCGAGUGACCAUCUCGGAUGCACGCAUGCUGGUGGGCACCUUCAUGGCCUUUGACAAGUACAUGAACGUCGUUCUCGCAGACUGCGAGGAAUUCCGGAAGAUCAAGCUUGAUAGUUGGACCUUAGUUGAUGGCCCUCAGAGUCGAGAGCCACUUGAAGACGCCAAGAGGCGGGAGCAGCAGAAAUGUAAGAAAGAGUUUGACCAGGCCACCCGGGCCAUCAGUCAGCUGAUUACGGCCCAGGGAGACUUACGAUCUGGCCGGCUGAAAAUCCAUGAGCGUGAUGAGAUUCGCCGGAGCUUCAGCGUGCCGUCCACGGAAGUGAGGCUUCAGGCAUUCAUUUGGGAGAGCCCUCCAGUGAUCCGCACAGCGACGCAACACUUCUUCAAGACGGGGCAGAAUGUGGUCAUCACCGGACUGAAACUACGGGAUGGUGCACCUGAGAGAGUGGGGGACUUGGUGGAAAGCAUCAGUGGAGAUCAUGCUGUGGUCUUCAUCGACGACUGCAGAUUCUCCUUAGGUUCUAUGAAGAAGUUCCCCUGCGAGGAAGAUGAGGCCCUGCAAUACCUCGACUUGAGCUCGGCACAAGUCUCGUUGAAUGUGUUCUCCUGGGCCUUGGGAAAAACCUCGGUCCUCCACAGUGGACUGCUGGCGAUCUCGCAAAUCGUCAUGGUCUCAGGUCUGGGCCGAGCGGCCUCGAAGCUCUACAAUGGUCUCUGCGUGUCCUGUCGGGGACUGCGGGCUGUGGCAGAUGCUUCCGCCAACCAUGUCGGGCAUACCCAGCGGAUCAUGCCGCCUGGGCGAAGGGCAGACGGCCUGGCAGUGAUGCAAUCGGGAUUGAGGAGCUUCAGUGAUGUGGAGGGUCCAGACGUGAAGGCUUGGAGUCGGCUCCUUUGGACCAAGACCGUCGAGUCGGUCCAGCCGGAGAGUUGGCGAUCCACCUUUGGGGCCGACGCCUGCGCGGAAUGCUUUGCCGGCUUUUGGACUGGGGAUGGAGAGAGACAGCCAUUGGAAACCUGGAGCUCCAAGCAUCACUGCCGGAAUUGUGGCCUUGUUUUUUGUGAUCGCUGCUCUCAGGAUCGGAAGUGUGUCCCAUGGGAAGGCUUUACCCAUCAAGUGAGGGUUUGCAAACGUUGCGUCGAUGUCGUGGAGGUGAAGAAUCUAACUUUGCAGCAGGCCUAUGCCUUUGACGAGCAGAUCCGCCUCAUGGGACAAGGCCUUGUCCAGGCGGUGCCAGUCCCCAAAGGGAAGGGCAAAGGGCCGCCACUGCCACGGAAGGGCAAAGGCAAAGGCAAGGGCAAGGAGGUUCGGCAAGAAGAUGGAUUGGGAGCCUUGGGACAGGAGAUCAAAGCAGAGAUCAGCGAAGUGAAGGAGUUUGCCGUCUUGCAUCCCGCGCUGCACCACAAGCAGCUUCCACCUAGAAGUAGCAAGCAACGGAGUACUGGGAAGAGCAAAGAGGUCUUAUUGCUCUCGGUGGCCAGCUACGGAAUGAAGCAACACCUCUCAGAGAUCCAAGAUGCGCUGAAGAAUGUCACAUUGCAGGUGGCGAAUCCCGAGUGGUUCGAGGCAGUGGAGCAGAUCAUGCCAUUGGAAGAGAAACUCUCGAAAGACACCUUGGAUCGUUUGAAGGCUUGGCCAGAGGAGGAGUUUGGCAAGCUUCCACCAUAUGAACAGCACAUUUGCCAAAUCUUCCUGGCCGUGCCCUCCUUGGAGCUUCGUUGGCGCCUCUUGCGGCUCUUGGCCGAGCCGGAGGACAAGUUCUUUAAGCCUUUGGACGCUGUCUCGCGCGCCUUCUCCACCCUUCUCCUCGAUGGUAGUCCGCCACAGCUGUGGCCAGAGGUGAAGAAUAUGGUGGGGCUGUUGCAAGGGCUCGUCCAGCCGACGUGCAAGACCCUGAAAGAGCUCGCCGACCAAACCGAGGUUGGCAAAGGCAGAGAGCUCUUCACCAAAGUUUGGGCGCUGCGUGAGAAGAGCAGGGUUGAUGCCCAAAACUUUCUCGAACGUUUGGCGCCACUACUCCCAAGAAAGGAUUGCCCAUUGCAAUUGCCGUCGCUGCAGGCGACCGUGGACCACCUGCGGUCGAAGCAGAAAGAGCUCCAGGACAUUGAUGCCAGGCGUAUCAUGUCCUCCAGCUCCGGCUCUGCCUCCUCUGAUGAUCGUCCAGAUCCCCUGAAGGCUCAGGUACAGCAGCAAUCAGGAGUCCUGAAGCAACAUGCAGAUAAACUUUCCAGUGCUUUAGAGGUUGGCCGCUCCUUGUUGAUCGCUCUUCAGCAGAAGGGGCCAGAGACGGACCGGCUGCCGGAGAACUGGUUGGAGUCUGCGGAGGCCGUGGCUCUGGCGGGCAUGAUCGAUGAGGUCCUCCAAAGCAUGAGGACUCUGGCUCUGCGUUUGAAGGAUGCACGGCCCACUCCACUUGCCGAAGCCCGCAAGGGGACCGAAGCCGAGGAGGCAGUCCCACGACGCUCCUCACAGGGGCGAGGAGGAGAUGGCUGUCGCGGCUUGGGUCGCCCGGCCCGAGAAAGACACCCCAGGAGCGCGGUGACGAAGAAAUUCGACGUCCGAAAGAAGGAAGAGAAGGAAGAAGUUCUUCCGGGUGCAUCGUCAUCCGCUUGGGAUGAGAGGCAAACUGUCCCAGCAAGCCCUCAAGAGACCUUGGACCACAGCUCCGAUGAGACUCAUGAUGAGGAAGAAGUUCUUCCGGAUGCACACUCGGAUGAGAGGCAAACUGUCCCAGCAGGCCCUCUAGAGGUGCAGCCACCUGUGGAAGAAGAUGAGGCUACAGAAGUGUGGGCCGCAAGUGAACUACAGCUUCUCGUUGCAGGUGGAGCUGCCAAGUUGGUGGCCCAGGUCCCCUUCAGGGCACCCGCCACAGUGGCAGGUGGCGCAUCUGAGGAUGACAUCGAUGAACUGCAGAGGACGCCAGUUGUACAGUGGUCCAAGGGUCGAAAAGACGAGGAGAAAGAGGUGAAGCGCACCUUAGGUUUUGUAGUCCUGCGAGGUGAGACCAUCGUCUCUCUUAUGGCCGAGGCACCACCACCGACCGGACCCAAGAAGCCUGACAUCCAACCUGGCCCUGGGCGUGGACAGGUCGCAGGCCGUGGCAUGCCUGCAGCGCCAUUAAGCUCAGCCCCAGCAGGGCUUUCAGGCCCGGUGCGUGGUGUUGGUGGCCCUGCAGCCAUCCAGAUGCAGCCCAAGGCUCCGGCUGCUCUGGGCGGUGCGCCGCCUGGCAUGCCCCCAGGUUUCCCUGCAAGGCCUCCAGGAAUGCCGGGCAUGGUGCCUCCUGGGAUGCCUGGAAUGCCGCCUGGCAUGCCUCCGCCAGGAAUGCCAGGCAUGGGACGUGGCAUGCCGCCGAUGGGACGCGGUGCAUGA